AUGAGCGAUUCCGUGCGCGACCAGCGGUUCCAUAAAGUGCACAAUGACCCGAGAUUUGCUCGGAAUGUAGAGCGCAAGAACAAACUGCAGAUUGAUCAACGCUUUGCUGGGGCAUUGAAGGAUGAGCGUUUUCAAAGCGUACAGGGAAAAUAUGAUAAAUAUGGACGUCGUAUUGAGAAGAAGGACAAUGAGUUGAAGAAGUUUUAUUGUCUUGAGGAGAAAGAAGAAGAAGAAGACGAAGAGCAGCCAAUUAGCAGUGAUCCAGAGGACAAGGCAAUGGCUGAGGACGUUCCAUCUACGACGAGCUUUGAUGACAAAGAUGGAGAUUCUACCAUUGUUAAAAAGAAUGAGAAGCUUUCGCGGCUUGAUUACCUCAAUCGUAUGGCUCGUGGUGAACUUGGAUCGGGUUCGGAAAGCUCAGACUCGGACUCGGAAGACAGCGAUGACGAUGAAGCGGAAGCUGUGAGUAAAAAAGAUGAAGGAGAAGAUAUUCCUAUGGGUGAAGAGACCAAACGAUUUGCUGUGCUUAAUUGCGACUGGACACGCAUUCGUGCUGUAGACUUGUUCGCACUCUGCCAGUCGUUUGCACCGGCCACAGGCGCCGUACAGAACGUGACUAUUUAUCCGUCGGACUACGGUCUUGAGAAAAUGAAAGAAGAAGGAAAGCUUGGGCCGCAGGGUCUCUGGGAUGAUGAAGACAACCAGAACGUGAAUGAAAAGGAAGUUGAGGAUGAAGAAAAUCAGGAAGCGUUACAAACGAACGAUGAAAAAGAUAAAAAAGACGAAGGAGAUCAGGUUGUUGAUGAUGACGAGAGUUGUGACAGCAACGAGGUAGAAGAAGACGGCUACGACUCUGAUGAUCCGCUUGGUGUGAAGAAGAGUGUGACGCUGGAAAGUGAGACGGAUGGCUUUGAUCGUGAAAAGCUGCGAGUUUACGAACUUCAAAAGUUGCGUUAUUACUAUGCCAUCGUGACGUGCGAUUCAGUCAAGACGGCAAGCACGAUCUUUGACCAGUGUGACCAGCUCGAGUACGAGACGUCAUCAAACGUCCUGGAUCUCCGCUAUGUGCCGGACGACAUAACGUUCACCAACACACCUAAGGAAUCGUGUAAUAGCGUGCCUGACCGCUAUAAACCGGCAAUCUUCGCCACUCUGGCGCUCCAGCAAACGGAUGUAAAGCUCACAUGGGAGGAGGAUGACGACCAGCGUCUGGAGCUGCUGACGCGUCCCGCUGACUGGAAGGAUGCCGACGACGAUGACUUCAAGGCAUACCUUGCAUCGGAUGUGUCAGAUGCUUCAGAAGCUGAGGACAGUAGCGAUGAUAGUGAUGAAGAGAACAAGAUCGAUGGCAACAAGGAUGCAGCUGUCCCUAACAGCAAGAAGAAGUCCAAGAAGGAGGCCAAAAUCAAAAAGCUUCGAAGCCGGUACCAGUCAAUGCUGCUAGGCAGCGACGCGGAUGAUGAUAGCUCUGGCGGAGGCUUGGCAGAAAGCACUGAUAACGAAGACAAAGCUAGCGGUGAGGGUGAUAUGGAGAUGUCGUUCACGCCUGGUGCAAGUGAUGUACUGAAGGCAAAGCGACAGAAGGAGCUUGAGGCGAAUGAAACGCCGUUCGAGCGGUACACACGUGAGAAGAAGCACGAGAAAAACCGCAAACUGCAUGAGAAGCGUACACGACAGAAAGAGCUCGAGCGUGAGCAGCGAGAAGUGCUCAAGAAGAAGGGUCGUGGUGCCAAGGAGGCGCACUUGCUGCGUGAGGCUAUCACCGCUGGCGGCGACAGCAGCGAUGAUGGCAGCAAUGAUAGCAACCAGGGUGAGCGUGACUUUAACAUGAAGAAUAUCGUUAAGCAGGAGAAGGUGAAGUCUCUGAAGGGUAAGCGCCGCGCCAAGGAGAUGAAGAAGUUGGUGAAGCAAAGAGCGAGCGGUGGAUUGCAGGAAGGAUUCGAGUUCGACGCUGCCGAUCCGCGUUUCGGCGCUCUUUACACAAAGGGCUCGCAUUUUCAACUGGACCCGACGGACCCAAAGUAUAAGAAGACGGAAGCUACCCAGGCCAUUUUCAAGGAGCGGCGGCAACGGUACGAUCAGGAUGCUGCUCAGUCCAUACCUACCAAGUUGAACUUAGAUGCUGCCAGACUCGAUAACGACAACUGCACGCUAAAUGUCAUGGUCGAAAAUCUCAAACGAAAAUCGCAACAGCAGGAUAAGAAGAAGGCCAAGAAGCAGAAGAAGACCAAGGCGUAG